GGUGCUAAAAGUCAGGCCGGAAGUGGAAGUGGUCCUCCAAGGGUUUUUUACGCCGCUGGUGUUCGGAGUGUUUUUAUAAUCUAAUGCCGAGAGGACUCUGUGAUGAUUUGGGUUUCUUGGUGUCUCUGGAGAGCUCUUGGACCAGAUCUUCCUCCAGACUGCAGCCCACCUCUUCCCAGCAGCUCUCCUUGAGUUCAUAGAUAACUGCUAAGCUUCAGGCUCCUGAGAGAAAAAGGGUUGAGACCUACUUGGCCAUGCCAGCUCAUUGGACCUCCCCCCAGAAAUCUCCAGCCCUGACUUCAGAGGAUCAUGGCAGCUCCUUUGAGGGAUCAGUGUCCUUCAGGGAUGUGGCUAUAGAUUUCAGCAGAGAGGAAUGGCAGCACCUGGACCCUUCUCAGAGAAACCUAUACCAGGAUGUGAUGCUGGAGACCUACAACCACUUGCUCUCAGUAGGGUAUCAAGUUCCUGAACCAGAGGUUUUCAUGUUGGAGCAAGGAAAGGAGCCAUGGACAUUGCAGCGUGAGAGCCCACAUCAGAGCUGUCCAGGAGAGAAAUUAUGGGAUCAUAAUCAAUAUGGAAAAAUCAUCAAUUAUAAACAAGUAUCCUCUCAGCAUCAAAAAAUUCAUCUUGGGGAUAAAUUCUAUAAAUGUGCCGAAUUUGAAAAGAUCUUCACCCAGAAGUCACAGUUCAGGGUACAUCUGAAAGUUCAUACAGGAGAAAAACUUUAUGUAUGUGUGGAAUGUGGGAAGGCUUUUGUACAGAAGACAGAAUACAUUACACAUCAGAAAACCCACACUAGAGAGAAGCCCUACAAAUGCAAUGAAUGUGGAAAAUCCUUUUUCCAAGUAUCUUCUCUCUUCAGGCAUCAGAGAAUUCAUACCAGAGAAAAUCUCUAUGAAUGCAAGGAAUGUGGAAAAGGCUUCCCUUAUCACUCAGAUCUCAGUAUACAUCAGAAAAUUCAUACUGGAGAGAGACACCAUGAAUGCAGUGAUUGUGGCAAAGCAUUCACACAAAAGUCUGCACUCAAGAUGCAUCAGAAAAUUCAUACAGGUGAGAGAUCCUAUAUAUGUAUUGAUUGUGGCCAGGCCUUUAUCCAGAAGACACAACUGAUUGCACACCGAAGAAUUCAUACUGGAGAAAAGCCAUAUGAGUGCAGUAACUGUGGGCAGUCCUUCAUUUCCAAGUCACAACUUCAGGUACAUCAACGAAUUCACACAAGAGUGAAACACUAUAUGUGUACUGAAUAUGAGAAGGUCUUCAGCAAUAGUUCCAACUUUAUUUCACAUGAGAAAGCUCAAAUUAGAGAGAAAUCUUCCAUAUGUACUGAAUGUGGGAAAGCCUUUACCUAUAGGUCAGAAUUGAUUAUACACCAAAGAAUUCACACUGGAGAGAAACCUUAUGAAUGCAGUGACUGUGGAAAAGCCUUCACUCAGAAGUCAACACUCACAGUACAUCAGAGAAUUCAUACAGGAGAAAAAUCAUAUGUAUGCAUGAAAUGUGGGCUGGCCUUCAUCCGGAAAUCACACUUGAUUGCACAUCAGAUAAUUCAUACUGGAGAGAAACCUUAUAAAUGUGGUCACUGUGGGAAAUUAUUUACUUCUAGUUCACAACUCCAUGUGCAUAAACGAAUUCACACAGGAGAAAAACCAUAUAUAUGCAAUAAAUGUGGGAAAGCAUUCACCAACAGGUCAAAUCUCAUUACACACCAGAAAACUCAUACAGGAGAGAAAUCUUAUGUAUGUUCCAAAUGUGAAAAGGCUUUUACUCAGAGGUCUGACUUGAUAACACAUCAGAGGAUCCAUACUGGAGAGAAACCUUAUGAAUGCAGUACCUGUGGAAAAGCGUUUACCCAGAAAUCCAACCUAAAUAUUCACCAGAAAAUUCAUACUGGAGAAAGGCAGUAUGAAUGCCAUGAAUGUGGAAAAGCCUUCAACCAGAAAUCAAUACUCAUUGUGCAUCAAAAAAUUCAUACAGGAGAGAAACCCUAUGUAUGCACAGAGUGUGGAAGAGCCUUCAUCCGGAAGUCGAACUUUAUUACUCAUCAAAGAAUCCAUACAGGAGAGAAACCUUAUGAGUGCAGUGAUUGUGGCAAAUCCUUCACCUCCAAGUCUCAGCUCCUGGUGCAUCAGCCAAUUCAUACAGGAGAGAAACCCUAUGUGUGUGCUGAGUGUGGCAAAGCCUUUAGUGGCAGGUCAAAUCUCAGCAAACACCAGAAAACUCAUACUGCAGAAAAGCCCUACAUCUGUUCUGAAUGUGGAAAGACCUUCAGGCAGAAGUCAGAGUUGAUUACACAUCAUAGAAUUCAUACUGGAGAGAAACCUUAUGAAUGCAGUGACUGUGGGAAAUGUUUCACUAAAAAAUCACAGCUCCAGGUGCAUCAGCGAAUUCACACAGGAGAGAAACCUUAUGUGUGUGCUGAGUGUGGGAAAGCCUUCAGCAACAGAUCAAAUUUGAAUAAACACCAGACAACACACACUGGAGACAAACCCUACAAGUGUGCUAUCUGUGGGAAAGGCUUUGUUCAGAAAUCAUUGCUCAAUGUACAUCAGAAUGUUCACAACUGAAACAGACUGAGAAAACCUCAUUGAGGAGAGGUUUGAGUGUACAUUAUUGAAUCCAUGCAGCAGAGGGAUAUGUAUAUUAUCAUAAGAGAAAUGCCAUCAUCAGAAUGUCACACAUUACUUUGAAAAGAGGGCCUCUGAGAAGGCACUGAAUUAGGCGAGGGAACUUUUUUCACAUUGUCACCAAUCUCAUUAAACCUUGGGGCGUUUAUAGUGACAAGAAAUUGAGCCAAUUUGGUGCAUAGAAAAAGCCUUCUCAUGAAAAAUAAGAUGGAACACUUACCAGAUUUUUCAUAAGAAAAGUUGCACUAAGUUACGUUAAUGAUAAUCCUGUUUACUGUGGAAUAGGUGUAGUACCAACAAAUCGAAUGGUAAACCAACUAAUGUAAACAAUAGUGAU